AUGAAGACCUCUCUCCUGGCUCUGUUGCUGCUUUGUCUGUCUGUUCCUGGACACUGUGACUGUCAGGGAGACUGUUUUUCCUGCAGCCAGAUCCUACCCCAACAAGUCAGCUUCAACACCAUGGUGUGCCUCGUCGAGUGUGAGGCCAACGUCUCCCCAGCCCUUUCAUGGGACCUCUGUACCAAGGCCUUGAGGCUCUUGCCGUUCUCCUCUAUCUCCAUAGUGGGUGCCACGCUGAAGAGAUCCCAGGAGGAGGUGGAGGCCAUGCUUCCAGAGGAGGGGGAUGAGCAGGCAGAAAGAGAUCUGUUACCAUCCGUUGCCCUACAGAGGUUUGACCAUGCCACCCGGGCCCUCGGGCUGAAGGAGCCAGGCCUGAGCAUCAGGGGGAGCCAACUCAGCGCCACCUAUAAUGCCCACAAUUCCCUCUCCUUGGAGGAAGAGCAAGAAGCGGAGGAGGAGGCAGGGCAGGAGGAGGGGGGUGAUGACAUAGCAGCAGCAAGAGGGCCCGAUGAAGUGGGGCUGAGCAUCUCCAAGCGGUUCGGCGGCUUCCUCAAAGGGAGGCACGGCUACAAGAAGCUGAUUUCUCCUGGGCGGUCGUACCAAAAGAGGUACGGUGGCUUUAUCGGUGUGCGGAAGUCAGCCCGCAAGUGGAACAAUCAGAAACGCUUCAGUGAGUUCCUGAAGCAGUAUCUGGGCAUGAGCACUCGCGCCACCGAGUUCAACAGCGUGUCAGCGGACCUUACUCAGCAGAAUGAAGUUUAG